AUGGGUGAGAUGCCAACUCCGAACGGCUUCAACGAGAAGGUUGGCGACGAGUUCACAAUCAAAGAUGUCGCCGUCGAGAACAUGAGGCCCCUCAGGGUGAUCGUGGUCGGGGCCGGCUUCUCCGGCAUUCUGGCGGCCAUCAGAAUACCAGAGAGAUUGAGGAACGUGGAGCUGGUCGUGUAUGAGAAGAGCGAGCGCGUUGGCGGAGUCUGGUGGCUGAACAAAUAUCCUGGAGUUGCCUGCGACAUCCCAUCACACUCUUACCAGUACUCGUUCGCACCCAACCCCAACUGGAGCAACCUGUAUGCCCCGGGGAGCGAGAUCCAACAGUAUCUCGAGGACGUGGCCGAGAGAUUCGGCGCAAUGAGGUUCAUCAAGACACGCCACCAAGUCGAGCACUGUGCGUGGGACGAUGUCUCUAAGAAAUGGAACGUCAGAGUGACCAACCUCGCCACCGGGGAGGUGAUCGAGGACUCGGCAAACGUCCUCGUCACUGCUCGGGGGCAGCUCAACGACAUGUCGUGGCCCGACAUCCCCGGCCUCGGCACGUUCCAAGGCAAGCUCAUGCACUCGGGGGACUGGGACACGAGCUACGACUUCCGCAACAAGCGGAUCGGUAUCAUCGGCAACGGCUCGAGCGCCAUCCAGAUCAUCCCGAGCCUGCAAAAGGUCGAGGGCGCCCAGCUGACCUGCUUCAUGCGUUCCCCCACCUGGAUCUCGUCCGCUUUCGGGGACCAAGGCAUGAUCGAGCUGGGAAUGGAUCCCGCCAACACAGCCUUCUCGCCCGAACAACGACAACAGCUGGCGACCGACCCGGUGGCGCUGUUCAAGCUCCGCAAGGUCUUCGAGAGCGGCGGCAACCUCAUCCACGACAGCACGAUCCGCGGCACCGCCAUGCAGAAGGAGUGCCAGGCCGCCUUCCACCGGGCCAUGCACGACAAGCUGUCGUCGCGGCCGGACCUCCUGGCCCUGCUCAUCCCCAAGACGUUCGCCCCGGGCUGCCGCCGCCUGACGCCGGGCAAGGGCUUCCUCGAGUCGCUGCUCGAGCCCAACGUGAAGGUGGUGAGCGACCGAAUCGGCGAGAUCACGCCCGCGGGCGUCAUCACGACGGCUUCGGCAAGCAGCACCACCAGCAGCAGCAGCAGCAGCAGCAGCAGCGCCGAGACCGAGACGCACCAGCUCGACGUGCUGAUCUGCGCGACGGGGUACCGCGUCUCGUCGGCGCCGCCGUUCGCGGUGCUGGGGCGCGGGGGCCUGUCGCUGGCGGAGCGGUGGGCGGGGCGGGCCGAGUCGUACCUGUCGGUGGCCGUGGACGGGUUCCCGAACAUGCUCAUCAUGUUCGGGCCCAACUCGGCGAUCGGGUUCGGCAGCCUGACGCGCAUCCUCGAGGCCGAGGCCGACUACAUCCUGGCGGUGGUCCGCAAACUGCAGCGCGAGGACUACGCGUCGGCCGAGCCGCGGCCGGAGCGCGUGCGCGACUUUGUCGAGUACGUCGACGCCUACUUCCGCGACACCGUCUACAUGGACGACUGCCGCAGCUGGUACCGGCGCGGCGACAAGGUGGUCGGCCUCUGGCCCGGCUCCACCCUCCACGCGCUCGAGGCCCUCCGCGCGCCCCGGUGGGAGGACUGGGUGUACGAGCCGGUCGACGACGCCGGCCGGAGGAACGGGCUGAGGUGGCUGGGCAACGGGAGGAGCGUCACCCAGGUCGAGGGCGACCCGUCCUGGUACAUCAACCCGGACGAGGUCCAAGUGCCGCUCGAGGGGCGGCCCGAGGAGAAUGCGAGAUUCAAGGCUAGGCCGUGGUGCUACUAG